AUGGCCGAUGCGUGGCAGCCCGCGACGGAAUGGCACGCGCUGGGUCGUGCGUUUUACCGACGCACGCUGCAGUAUGAGCUGCAAUGGGCACUUGCGUCCCUGGAUGGAUACAUGCUUGCGUCGAAUGCAGACGGAUCCCUCUUUGUCGCGACGCGUGAUCCCACCAAACUCGUUGUUUUCCACAGCAACAGCCACGUCGAGCCGCAGCUGCAGGUGUAUACAGGCGCGGGACAACUGCUCGAUACGAUUCCGUGGGACGGCACGCGGAUCACUGCACUGGGAUUUACAUGGCGCGACGAGCUUGUGGUGGUGAGCGAGGAUGGGCAAGCGCGUGUGUACGCCCUUCUCGUUCCGCUGCCCACGCAGGGCGCUGCGCAAGGCGUGGAAGCGACUCCAAGCACACAUUACACGCGGCUUUCCCUCGGAAAGCACGCUGAGGAAGUGGGCGUCACACACGCGAUCGUGCUGCCGACGUGUGUGUUUGCUUUACUGCGCGAUACCUCGGUCGUGCAGCGCCGUUUUGCCGGCGUGCAUGCGGACUACACCACCGACUCGCCGUGGGCAGAGAUUUCCGGUGCGCCGGAGCCUGUGCAGUUUGCUGCCGUGCCCGAUGCGGCGCAUCUGACCGCCUGGACGGUAGUGCACGCAACUCACACGGUCCUCGUUUCCACAGACUCGACCCUGUACGCCUUGGACGAGCAUGGGUACACGGCAUUGCGUACGGAAGACGCGCCGUACAGUGCGCUGUGUGCGAGCCCCGACGGCAAGCUCCUUGCGCUGCUAACUCCGCAGAAAACCAUGCAGGUAGCGACGAUGGACUUUUCGCGAAUACUGCGCACCUUUGACCUCGCUGACAGCGUCCCUCUAGACGCGCAAGAUGGUCACGUUGCACUGGACGAUGUGCUGCACGAGCGCUUUGGAAAAACGGGCAUGGUCGGACUUGCGUGGUGCGGCGAGAAUGCAGUCGCGAUGGCGUGGCCGGACCGCGUCCUGCUUCUCGGUCCGUACGACGCACCGCUCGAGCUUGGCGUGCGUGGUACUCCGUACAUGCACGCAGACGCACACGGCCUCCAGAUUUGGCACUCGGCCGCACACGAGUACGUGGAAAAAGUGCAAGAGGCGUCUGCGCUUGCGCUGCGGCCCGGCUCGACACACGUCGCGGCCAUGCUGGUAGAUGCAUCGCGUGAGGCGCUCCAGAAUAGCCCGCAUGCAUACGAGGCGAUCCGUGCGAUUCUUGCGGACCUUGUGCCUGCUGUCGAGACGUGUGUCCAAGCGGCGGCGCAGGAAUGGGACGUGCACACGCAGCGGCGUUUGCUCCACGCAGCCUUGUUUGGCAAGUCGUUCCUCGAUGCGUACGACGCAUCUCUCUUUCUCCGCGUUUCACGCACGCUGCGUGUUUUGAACAAUGCGCGCGAAGCGCGUGUCGGCAUUCCUACACGCUGCGCCGCGUACGAAGCCGAGGGGCCAGACAUGCUGCUGUACCGAUUGGCCGCGCGGAACAUGCACCAUACCGCGAUCAAAAUAUGCCAGUACCUUGGGAUCCGCGCGGACAAUGUGCUGCGCCACUGGGCACGCGCCAAGAUUGCGCGCACCAAGCCGCUGCUAGGCCAGGACGACGACGGGGAGCAGCUUGCGGAUGUCAUCAUUGCGCGCUUCCGCGAAGCAGAUACCCCCAAUUAUGCCGAUAUUGCGCUCGCCGCGUGGCGUGCGGGCAGGCCCAAACUUGCGACGAUUCUUUUGGGCCAUGAGGUGCGUGCUGUGGACCAAGUGCCGCUUCUCCUGCACAUGCAAGAGAACCGCUUGGCGCUGCGGCGCGCGGUGGAGUGCGGCGACUCGGAUUUGAUCUACCAUGUGCUUUUCCGCUUGCAGCGCUCGAUGGCGCGCGGUGAGUUUUUCCGCAUCGUGCAACUGGCGAGCCAGGAAGGAGCGCCGGCGCCCGACACGCAGCACGAUACGGUCGGUCUCAAGCCAUCCGCGCACGCGACAUAUGCCCACCUCGCCGAGAAUUUGCUCGCGAUCUAUGCGCGCGUACAGGACAAGGAAAUGCUACAGGAGCUGUAUUACUUGGACGACCGGCGUGUGGACAGCGCAUUGCUGUGCAUUGACGAAGCGCCGCAGACGCCCGCGCGCUAUGCGGAGCGUGUCGAGGCGCUGCACGCCGCGGCAAGACAUUUUGGCGACGACAAGGAGCAUGCUGUAGAUGCGCAGCUGACCAACGACGCGGCGAGCCUGCUUGGACUGCAGGCGAUCAUUGAUACAGAGCUCGCGAGUAUGGACGUUGCGCCUGCCCAUGGCUCGCUCAUCGGCCUGCCGCUGCUCAAGACCAUCGAGGUUUGUAUGCAGCACGGAUUGGUACGCCGCGCAGAGCGGCUCAAGCAAGAGUACAAGGUGUCGGAGCCCAUGUACUUUGCCGCCAAAGUACACGCAUGCAUCGCUACCCGCGACUUUGACGCACUCGCCAAGGCGGUGGGAAAGCGCCCGGUGUAUGGCUAUGCGCCGCUCCUUGGCGCACUGGUGCACGCGGGAUUUCUUGAGGAGGCCUGUGCGUACGCUGUUAAAGGCGUCGCAGACAAACAAAGCCGCGCAGCGAUUCAUGCAUUCAUCGAGCGGUGCCCUGCAGAGGAGCACCGCGCGAAGCUGGAAGCGGCGGUGGCUGCAGUGGCAUAG